AUGAUUGAGGGAAUGGUGAAGGAUGGUGUUAUUGAACCUUCAUCUAGUCCAUGGUGUUCACCUGUGGUGCUGGUAAAGAAGAAGGACGGCAGCAUGCGGUUUUGUGUUGACUAUCGCCGCCUGAACGACAUUACAAAGAAGGACAGCUAUCCCUUGCCAAGAAUUGAUGACACGCUGGAUAUGCUUACAGGCGUAAAGUGGUUUAGUACGCUAGAUCUGAAAAGUGGCUACUGGCAGGUUGAAAUUGACCCUAAGGACAAGGAGAAAACUGCAUUCUCCACAGGAAAGGGUCUGUGGCAAUUCAAAGUCAUGCCGUUUGGAUUGUGCAAUGCUCCAGCAACGUUUGAAAGGUUGAUGGAGCUUGUACUUACCGGGCUAAUUGGAGAUGCUUGUCUGGUCUAUUUGGAUGACAUCAUCAUCGUAGGCCGUACGUUUGAGGAACACCUUCAAAACCUGGAACGCGUGCUCAUGAAGAUCCAGAGUGCCAACCUCAAGUUGAGUCCAAAGAAGUGCUCACUAUUCAAACGGCAAGUUAGUUUUUUGGGGUAUGUAGUGUCGGAAGAAGGUAUCCGCACGGAUCCAGAGAAAAUUGCUGCUGUCAAGGAGUGGCCGGUCCCAAAAGACAAGACACAGGUUAGAGCAUUUUUGGGUUUGUGCUCUUAUUAUCGGCGAUUUGUGAAGAACUUUGCAGAUAUAGCCAAACCUCUGCACAAGCUAACCGAGGAGAAGCGACAAUUCUGCUGGGAUGAAAGUUGCGAUAUUGCAUUCCAGGAGCUCAAGAACCGCCUGUGCAAAACACCUAUUUUGGGGUACCCUGAUGCGGGCAAGGAAUUCAUAGUUGACACAGACGCAAGUGAUAUAGGACUUGGCGGUGUGUUGUCUCAACGGAAUGGUGAUCAAGAGAUUGUGAUAGCGUACUUCAGCAAGUCGUUGUCAAAGCCGGAAAGGAACUAUUGUGUCACAAGACGGGAAUUGCUUGCUGUGGUAAAGUCCUUGCAGCAUUUUAGCAAAUAUCUUCUAGGGCGGAAAUUCCACUUACGAACUGACCAUGCUGCACUGAAAUGGCUAUUGCAGUUCAAAAAUCCGGAAGGACAAGUUGCGAGAUGGAUAGAACUACUGCAGGAAUACGACUUUGUGAUCGAACAUCGCAGCGGGAAAUCUCAUGGCAAUGCAGAUGCAUUGUCAAGAAGACCUUGCCCUGAAGAUUGCAAGCAUUGUACUAGGCAAGAGGGUAAGGAAGUGGUAUCUGUGAGAAUGCUCAGGACAGACCAGCUCAGCAAUGAGUGGAAGGACAGCCUACAACAUGCACAGCAGGAAGAUUCGGACAUUAAGCCGAUUCUGGAAUGGAUGAAGGCCAGUGCUCCUAAGCCCAAGUGGAGCGACGUCUCAGCAAUGAGUUCGACCACGAAAAGCUAUUGGGCCCAAUGGGACAGCUUGCUGAUUCAGGAUGGAGUCCUGUGCCGUAAAUGGGAAAAUGGUCGGGGAGACAGGUGUCAUUUGCAAAUGGUUGUCCCUAAGGCUAAAGUGCCGGAUAUUCUACAGCUGUACCAUAGUGGUUGUUCAGGAGGCCACCUGGGAGUUAAACGAACUCUCCUGAAGAUCCGAGAACGGUUUUACUGGGUCCACUGUCGUGACGAUGUCGAGGACUGGUGCCGCAAAUGUACAAGUUGUGCGGCUGUAAAGGGACCUCAAAUUCGUAGUAGAGGCGCAUUGAAAUUGUACAAUGUUGGUGCACCAUGGGAGAGGAUAGCCAUUGACGUUGCGGGGCCGUUUCCAGAAACUGAAAGUGGUAACAAGUAUUUCAUGGUAGUGAUGGAUUACUUCACUAAGUGGCCAGAAGUCUUCGCCAUUCCAAAUCAAGAAGCUUCAACAGUUGCAGAUAAACUAGUUCAUGAAGUCUUCUGUCGUUUUGGAGUACCUUUAGAGAUUCACAGCGAUCAAGGAAGGAAUUUUGAGUCUCAAAUAUUCCAGGAAACUUGCCGAGUUAUGGGUACUCAGAAAACACGAACAACUUCUUACCACCCACAAUCUGAUGGAAUGGUAGAAAGAUUUAAUCAGACAUUGGAGAGGUACCUAGCAAAAGUUGUGGAAAAACGGCAACGAGACUGGGACAGGCACAUACAACCGUUUUUGUUGUCAUAUCGAAGCGCUGUUCACGAAAGUACAUCAGUGACACCAGCUUUCGCAAACUUUGGGAGAGAAUUGCGGCUGCCUGCAGACCUGAUCACCGGAAUACCACCUGAUGCCCCACGCAGUAUAACCGAUUAUGCAAAUGACUUGCGGAACAAAAUGAAUGACAUUUAUGAGCACGUCAGACAGACGGGCCAGCAAACGUCUGAGAAGAUGAAAACACGGUAUGACCGCAAAAUGAACAACAAGGGCUUUGAUGAAGGUUCACUAGUGUGGUUACACAAUCCAGUUCGCAGCAAAGGGAAAUCUCCUAAGCUUCAAGCUAAAUGGGACGGACCGUACCGGAUUGUGACAAGGAUCAAUGAUGUAACCUACCGGAUACAGAAAGGUGCCAGAGGUACUCCUAAGAUUGUCCAUGUGGAUCGACUGGCGCACCAACUGCUGAAAUCUAUAUGGAUGAGCAGGCUGCCUCAUCAAGUGCAGGGCAUUUUAGUUGCUCAAAAGCAAGCUUCUCUGGAAGAUCUUGGAGAUUUAGCUGAUAAACUUCAUGAAACUAAUCCCCAAUUAACAUCGGCAUACAAGGUCAGUGCUAUCGAUCAAUCUCUUGGCACAGCUUUAUCUGUUCCUUCGACAUCUGAUGAAAUUAAGAUGCUCCACCAGAAGGUAGACGAAUUAACCCGCAUCGUUGCUAGUCUCACAGUGGGUACGGAUGUCGCUACUGGUAUCAUCGGAUCUGACUUUCUGGCAUAUUACCAUUUAUUACCAGACUGCUCCGAAGGUAAACUACGGGAUGGGAAGACUGGACUGUCUGCUCCCGCUGUUAUUUCAAGUCUUGACCAACCAAGCGUUAAAGUGGUUGCGCUUUCUGACUCGCCGCUCGCCAAUGUUUUAGCAGAAUUUCCUAGCAUCUGUAGACCUCCAGGAGCACCUCGAAAUCUGAAGUAUUCUACAGUACACUAUAUUAAUACCACUGACGGUCCUCCGGUUACUACUUGCGCACGUCGCCUGGCACCUCAAAAACUUCUUGCUGCGAAAAAAGAAUUUGAGGAGAUGCGCCGAGAGAAAUUACCUCCCACACAGCUAAAUCAGUUGUCUUUUAUAAUUCAAUUUUCGACUGAUAUCAAACACAUAAAGGGAGAUAACAACAUCGUGGCAGACACAAUGUCUCGAAUCGAGUCGAUAUCCCUCGAAGAGGACUACAUAGCAUUAUCAGUUUCUCAAGAAGGGGAUCCAGAAUUAAAGAAACAUGAGAAGAAUUCAUCACUGAGACUAGAAAAAGUCACCAUCCCUGGCACUUCGGUAACAGUCAUAUGCGACACCUCAACUGGCCGACCAAGACCAUUUCGCACACAUCCUUUUCGUCGUGCUGCUUUUAAUAAAUUGCACAACUUAAGUCACCCUGGCGUUCGAGCUACAGUUAAAUUAGUGUCGGAGCGCUAUGUUUGGCCAGAUAUGAAAAAGGAAUGCCGUGUGUGGGCUCGCUCAUGUCUAAACUGCCAGCGUAGUAAAGUGACGCGCCAUAUAAUUUCACCCACUGGUAAUUUCAACGGUCCUUCUGGAAGGUAUAGGCAUGUACAUAUUGACAUCAUAGGGCCGCUUGCACAUUCACACGGUUACACCUAUUGUCUUACUGCGAUCGACAGGUUCACGCGAUGGCCAGAAGCAUGGCCUAUAACAUCAAUAACUGCUGAAGAAGUUGGAGAAACUUUUGUUGCAGGCUGGAUAUCGCGUUUUGGAGUACCCAAUAUUGUGACCACUGACCAAGGAAGACAGUUCGAAUCUGCAUUUUUCUCGCGUCUAAUAAACCUCUGCGCAACGAAACGUAUUCGAACCACUGGUUACCAUCCAUGUGCCAAUGGCAUGGUCGAAAGGAUGCAUCGACAAUUAAAGGCUGCGCUAAUGUGUCACUCUAAUACUUGGACGAAAGCAUUACCGCUCGUCCUCCUAGGAAUGAGAAGCACUCUCAAGGAUGAUAUAAAAACCUCGGCAGCAGAACUGGUGUAUGGAGAACCGCUACGUUUACCAGGUGAGCUAAUCGCACCUCAAAAGUUUACAAAUAAUCCUGCAGACGUAAUGGACUACGUAGCAGAUUUAAAAAGGAAAAUGGAAAUAUUACGUCUAAUUUCUGCAUCUCACCACACGCGGACGUCUACAUUUAUUUUCAAGGAUCUCGCAUCGGCUACUCACGUUUUCCUUCGUGAUGAUGCAGUAAGGCGCCCUCUACAACCACCGUAUACGGGUCCUCACGCAGUUCUUCAGAGAAGAGACAAAACGCUGACCUUAGACGUCAAUGGUAGAAAGGUCACUGUAAGCAUUGAUCGUGUGAAGCCGCCUUACAUUGAAAAUAAUAAAUCAGGCAAACAAACUACUACUCCUGUGACCCCAGCAACCGCUAAUACUCCUCCCCCUAUAGUCCAACCUACCCGUAAUAACACAGUUACGCCAUCCGAUACUAGAGUAGUUAAAACAAGAUCUGGCAGAUGCGUAAGAUUUAGAAAUAUUUUAGAUAUUUAG